GUUGAGGUCGUCUGGGUCAUUUCCUAGCAGCCUUCCGAGAUGAACUCCUUCAAGGGAUUUUGUUUGAGUUCCAACCCCCACCCAAAAAAAGAAAAAGUAUACUCGACAGCUGGAAGAUGCUUUCAUUGUGGGCGGAGCCUGGCGGCAAAGUUUGAUGACAAAAGACGAGGGUCCGUUCUUCCUGCUUCAUUCUUCCUUGGAGCACAAAGAAGAAGCUGGAGGGACAAGUGAAGUGAUGAUGUGAGUUAAGGCGGGGAGGGGGGAGGGAGGGGGUGGGGGUGUUGUCAGAGAAAGUAAGGAUGAAAGGAGGGGGACCCCCCCCCAGCCCUCCUUCCCCCACUCUCCUUGCAUCCCUCCCUCUGUUGACGUCAUUUGCUGAGAGACACAAAACAAGCCUCUCGCCGCCGAUCUCCUCAGUCGGCGUUCACUCGUGCGCGCUCGCCGCCACGCUCGCCCCCGUCGGAUCAAACCUCCGCAGCUUCGGAUGCCCCCCCACCCCACCCCACCCUACCACGCCACUCGGCACCAAUCGGAAUUGGCCUCCCGGAGCCAAACUCGGCAGAUGUGACGGAGCGGCGCGAUCGCAGCGCCUCUCUAUUUGCCAGCGCCCCCCGCUCCCCCCCCCCCCCCCCCCCCCCCCGGAAGAGCAAUACAUCCACUUGGGAGACGCGAGAGGGAGGGCGUCCUCGGGGUCCCACGCUGACACACGCUGACCCUGGGAACGGGAGAGGCGCUCCGCUCGCACCAGCCGCCCCCCCCCCCCCCCCAACCCCCCUACCGCCCCCCUCCUCCCGGGCUUCAGCACUUGGACAGCUCCUGGCCGCCUUCCCAUGCACGCCGGCGCGUCCUCCUGGCUAUGAUGCAGACGGCGGCUUCGGUCCAGGAGAGAGCCGCCAUGCUGCAUCAGAAGCAGCUCUUUGAGAAGUUCUGGAAGGGAACCUUCAAGGCGGUCGCCAUGCCCAGGCCGGAGAGCGUCUUCGCGGCCAGCAUCGCCGCGCGCAGCAGGCUGACCCGUCCAGAGGUGGAGGCCGACCAAACGCCGGGCGACCGUCGGACAGACUACGUGGCGGCCGAUUCCAAGCUGGGCAACGUUGCUGACGGUGCCCGUAAGAAGCAUAAAGCAGCAGACCAUUUUGUGGCCCCGACUGAUGGGAAAAAGGACCAUCGCCAUCGUCGCCAUCAUCGCCACCUUCGCCACCGCCUUCGCCACCACCGGGCCAGGAGCAGCACCUCCUUUGGUGAGGACCUGUCACUGCAGCCCAAAGGCAAGAAGAAGAAGAAGAAGGAGAAGAAGAAGAAGAAGAAAAAGAAGACGAAGAGCAAGUCAGAGCGCAAAAGGCUGACCAGCAGGUCGGCUUCUUGCAGCCCCUCUCCGCUGAGGGAGAAGAGAAAGAAGAAGAUGAAAAAGAAGAAGAAGAAAAGUUCCAAGAAAAGCAAGCGGCACAGAUACACCUCCAAAAAGUCCAAACACAGCGGCUCAUCGCGUUUCAAACGAUCGCCAAAGGACGGACGCAAACGGAAGCGAAGCUCUCGGAGUGGGUGGCGGGCGAAACGCCGCCGGGGCAGCUCAGCGUCAGACCGCCCGUCGUCAUCGGCGGAGGAUAGACCUUCUGCAUACAAAACGCAAUGCAGUCCCACAUUCGAGGCCAAGUGGACCCGUGGCGGCAGCGUCUCCAAAUCAGUAAAAACAGCCUCCGUCCUCUCUGUCGCCUGCACAUUCUUAUCAAAGCCUUCCCGAGGACGAGCGUCCGGCCAGGAUGAGCAGUCCCACGACUGUGACUCCGGUAACGACACCUCAUCGCCGCCGUUCUGUGAGACGGGCGUGGCCGACAAGAGUGAGGCGCGGCGGCGGCGUGCCUCACCAUCGCCGGUGAAGCUCGCCAACAGGGACAACGACGUCUCUGACUCCGGAAAUUCGGUGACCAGCUACGCUUCCUUGUGCAAAGCCGGCGGGGAAGACUGCUUGAGCGCCGCUCUCCUCAAGAGAGAGCACGAGGCUUUGGGAUGUCGAUUCGACACGGUGAGAUCGCCACGGAUGUCUUCCAGGGGACGAUCGAGCCCCGAGUGGCAUCGCCGACGCAGGAGGAGUAUGUCCUCGGGAAGUUCCAGAUACUCCGGACGACGGCUUCCAAGCUCGUCGCUGUCAUCUGCGAGCUCCUACUCGCGUUCGCUGAGCUAUUCGCUGGAUCUGAGGCAGCGGCGGGGAAGCCUGAGCAGCGUCAGCUCCAGAGGAAGCUACUUCAGACGUCGCAGGUCGCGAUCCAGAACGCGAACGUCGAGCUCUCGAGAGACGGACGGCGACCACAAGAUCAGUAGGAAGAGACGAAGACGCAAGUCCUACUCCCCCGUGAGGAAGAGGAGGAGGGACUCGCCCAGCCACCUGGAAGCCAGACGGAUCACCAGCGCCCGCAAGAGGCCCGUCCCGUACUUGCGCCGCAGCCCUUCGUCCUGCAGCAGCCUCAGCGCCCCGUCACCCAGAAGCCUGUUCCACCUUUGCCGCCGUAGCGUGUCCUCCUCCUCCUCGUCUUCGGCCAGUGAGAGCAACAGUCGCAGCUCCUCGUGGAGCUUUGAGGCGCGCCAGCGCAGUGCCAGCAGGUAUUAGCUGCCCCUCAACAAAUCGCUCGAAAAAAUUUGCACCCAGAGACGAUUUCGACGGCAAUCCCGCCUCGUUGCUGCUGUUUGGUUUUCAUUGUAAACACAUCUCAACGCUGGGUUUUCCGUCCUCUUCGGGGAUGUGUUAUGUUGUGAUGUGGUAUUCGCUUUGAAACGGCUGACAGCUCAAAUUCCGUCUCGGUGCUAAAGCAUGCGAGUUGGCGGACUUGGUUGACCGCGUCCGGGCUAUAGCAACAUCCCGACUGAUUUUGAUUGCAUGAUGUUGGCUGUUGCGAGGACCCAGCUGCUUUGAUUUGCUGAUUGCCAGUCUGCGUUUGACCUUUGAGGGACUGCUGGGAGGCGGGAUAGCAAGGUCCCUAGCAGCAGUGCCUCAGCCACCACAUAAAUGUUUCCAAAUCUUCUGAAAUCCCAACCAUUUUGUAGAAAAUGAUCACACUCAAUCAAGAAUUCUUCUGCUUUGACUUGCCACUUACAGAUGUGGAUUCAUCAUGAAGGGAUUGUUGACAUGUUUGAGAACAAGAUCACGUUUGAGGAUAUCUGGACUCCAUAAAAUAAUCCAAAUCAAGAAUCUAAUUUAUACGGGUAACAACCUU